AUGGCGGAUCUUGCAGAUUGCGACGCAUUAGAUUUCGAGGCGAGCGAUCUUGACGACGGGAGUGCAAAAGGCGAGCACGAACGUCAGAUGGAUCGAACACAAGUUCGGAAAAUCGUGGAGGAAGUUUUUGGCGAGAAAUUGGCGACUCAGGUAGGCAAAAUCAUCAAAGAGCAGGCGGCUCUAUUUUUUGCAAGUAACGCCAGUGCUGCCAAUUCAACGGCACAACAACUGGGUGUGGCAGUUAGGGGGCGCGAAACUGGCCAAAUGGCGUCUAUGGCGGUACCUACGACAUCAGGCGAGGCUGCAUCUACCCCAAGAAGUACCGGGGACUACAGUGGCGAUUUACAGGGCGAAUUCGUCGCAACAAAAAGGGCGCGUAUGGAAUUUUCGGUGGGAGCCGAAAUCAUCGACCAAUUUGACCCUGACAGUCCAGACUGUAACAUAGAAAAAUGGCUGACGAAAAUUGAUCAAUUGGGCGAUGUGUACGGGUGGUCUCCUUUGGGAAGAUCUUCGUGUAUGCAGGCGAGAUUAGGCGGACGGGCGCGCAUCUGGUUCAAUCGGCUUGAAACGUACGAUCUUACAUGGACCGAAUGGAAAGUAAAAUUACGGGCGGCUUUCCCUCGACGACAGGAGUUUGGGGCCAUGAUUGAGGAAAUGGUCAACAGACGGAAGUGUCAGGGCGAGACGAUGACACAAUAUUAUCACGACAAGCUGGCGUUAUGCGAGAGAUGCGGCAUUACGGGCGAAAAGGCGGUCUCUUGCAUCGUAAGAGGAUUACCCACAAACUUUAGAGCAAAUGCAUUGGCGUACAAAUGCUCUAGUCCUGACGAAUUGUACAAUGGGUUUCUAUCGGGUGUUGACGGUGACGACGUGGUGAAGGUGGAAUCAGAACAUCGAUUGGCUCGUGCCACAAAGACGGUUAGUCGAAGCCAGGGGCGAGGUCAGGCUAACCUAUCCACAAGUGUAGCAAGUGAGGGGCGAAUUCGUUGCUACAAUUGUCAAGAGUAUGGGUCGCACUUCAGUCGAAAUUGUCCGAAGGCGAAAAUGGAACGAUGCCACAUGUGUGGUGAAGGCGGUCACACCAAGGCGAAUUGUCCAAAGGCGGUUGCGAAGAGCGAACCCAAGAAACCAAAGGACUGGCGAGACACGAGGGCGGCCAAAAACCCGACUGGAUUUGGUGGUGUGAAAGGCGCAGCACAUGGGAUUGUAACGACUAAGCUCAAGAUGGACAAUGUUUGUUUGAAAAUAGAGGCAUGGGCGACUCUUUGUGACAUUUCUAAUGCUGAUAUAAUCUUAGGGCAACCAGCAUUAAAGGCGAACGGAUUGGUGGUGGUUAUCAGAGAUGGGCGAGCUACUCUGAUUAAGAGCGACUCUGAGACUGAGAAGAUUGGCGAAUUCUUUGCAAAUUUAGACAUUUGUGAAGAUGAUGAUGGGCGACCCAAGGUCCGAUUGGCGGAGGAUUUGUAUCUCAAUCCGGGCGAGACGGAGAUGGUCAAGGUCGACAUCGAAGACGCUCCACGUGGACGAUCUGUGGUUGUGGACGUCAAACUGGUUGACGACGACGGGGCAAUGGUGGCGAUUCCAAGUUAUACGUUAACACAAGGCGAAGAUAACAGUGUCCCAAUCACCAACUUAGGCAUGAGGAAGUUGAGGUGGAAGGCGAAACGAAUAAUUGGACGGGCGGAGAGGUGCACAGAGCAAGAGGCGGUAACUACUGUAUUGCAGGUGAGCAAAAGCACUUCUAAUUCUAUCGAACUAAGCGAGGGACAAGUUGGACCCGUGUCGGGCGAGAUCAAACGUCAGUUACUCGAACUGUUGAAGCAGAAGGCGGAUUGUUUCGCGAAGGACGAUAGCGAUUUGGGGUUAACACAUUUGGGUGAAAUGAAAAUUCGAUUGAAAACUGAUAUGCCCAUCUAUCAUCGACCAUAUCGGUUAUCGUACUCAGAACGGGCGGUAGUACGGCAAAAGGUGCAAACUCUGCUGGAUUCGGGCGUCAUCAGGAAAUCAGAGUCAGACUACGCGAGCCCUAUUGUAUUAAUUCCGAAAAAGAACGGCGAAUGGCGUCUGUGCGUAGAUUAUCGGGCGUUGAACGCGCCAACGGUGAAGGAUCGGUAUCCAAUGGCGAUGAUAACCGAGGAAAUGGACAAAAUGGCGGGCAAACGUUAUUUCACUACUUUAGACAUGGCGCAGGGCUAUCAUCAAAUACCGAUGCAUCCCGACUCAAUAGACAAAACGGCGUUUGUCACUCCCGACGGACACUAUGAGUACGUGCGUGUACCUUUCGUGUUAGCAAAUGCACCAGCGGUAUUUCAAAGAGUGGUGAACAAGUUAUUAGGGCGGUUGAGACAUGAGGACAUCUUGGCGUACAUGGAUGACUUGCUGAUUCCAUCAGCGACGGCUGAAGGCGGGCUACAGCUGUUGGAGCAAGUCCUGGAGUUGAUCAGACAGGCGGGUAUCAAAUUAAAGGUUGAAAAAUGUACAUUUCUGCACGAUACAGUGGAGUACUUGGGCCACAAAAUUUCGGUUGAUGGCGUACGACCAGGUAGGCGUAAGAUUCAGGCGGUAGUGAAUUUUCCUACUCCUCAGAAUGUGCACAAUGUCCGGCAGUUUGUUGGAUUGGCGAGUUACUUUGGAAAAUUCAUUAACAAUUUUGCGGUAUUGGCGCGUCCGUUGACAGAUCUUACAAAACAGAACGUUGGAUGGCGUUGGGGCGACAUGGAACAAAAGUCCUUUGACAAGCUUAAGGCGUUGCUUGUUGAUAGACCAGUAUUGGCGAUUUACGAUCCCAAGGCGGUGACGGAGCUGCACACAGUUGCAAGUAAACUCGGUAUAGGUGGCGUUCUUAUACAACAACAGGCGAAUGUCGAUAAGAAGCCAGUGGCUUAUUGCAGUCGGGCGACUACAAAAGCUGAACAGGCGUAUCACAGCUAUGAGUUGGAGACGUUGGCGAUUGUCGAAUCAAUCAAACGAUUUCGAGUCUAUCUGAUAGGGAUCCAUUUUAAGGUGGUGACAGAUUGUGCAUCAGUUCGAGCGACUCUCCUGAAGCGCGAUCUGGAGUAUAGUAUGGAAGUGGACUAUCGGCCUGGUAGUAAAAUGCUCCAUGUGGAUGCUCUGAGUCGUAAUCCUGUCUAUGCUGGAAUGCUUACCUUAUCUGAAGACCAUUGGUUCGCGACUGUACAAUUGCAGGAUGACAAGAUACAAGCAAUAAUGGCGUCUUUAACAACUGGUGAGGCGGAUAGAGAUAUAAAGGCGAAUUUUAAGGUUAAAAAUGGGCGGUUAUUCCGUAUAACCUUACAUGGCGAUCGGUUGUAUGUACCAUCGGCGGCGGUAUUCAGUUUACUGCGAAAACAUCAUGAUGAUAUUGGACACCCGGGGUUUCAGCGAUGUUUGGCGUUGAUCAAAGAGACCUAUUGGUUUCCACGUAUGAGGCGACAGACUAGUAUUGAGUCGGAGGCUCGUUGGUGCGAGAAGCUCCCGGAGGUGGUCUGGGGUCUUAAUCAGACUAUCAACGAGAGCACUCGGUUUUCGCCGGCGCAGCUGACGUUUGCUCAUAAGAGUGGUGCUAUAGCCGACUUAACGGGUGACAUAGGCGGAACAGGUGAUACAGGAGGGAUCAACGAAAGAGGCGAUGCGGGCGAUUCAGAAAGAGUGGUUACAAAGGCGAUAAUUCACUAA